CUUCUCCAUCUUUCUUAUCUAUUCUUCUUCUUUCUCUCUCUAUUUUCUCUCUCUUCUUCUGAGAGUUUCUUUGCUGGUAACAAGGUAAGAACCGAGCUUUUUCACGGGAAUCGCCGGGUGGGCUUUUGCCCCCAUUUCCGACGAUGAUUUCACCUCCAUGGAAGGAAGCUCCGAAUCUGUAAGUUUCCGAAUCUCUGACCUAUUUUAUUGACGGUGCAGCUUCGAAAGGGUACUUUUUCCUUUCUGGAAACCCUAAAUUAGAUUGCUUUCUCGAGCUUGGAGCUCCGCUUGAUCUUCGAUUCUUCGGACGUUAAUGGUGGGAUGAUUUUUGCUUUGUUCAAGGAUCUUCGGAUUUUAACGUUAUUAGGGUUCUUGGCGAAUUGAGAAAUUUACUUUAUUGCGAUUUGACUUGGACGAAUUAUCAGGCCUAGGGUUUUGGAUUUGAAGAAGCAUUUGUUUGUGGAAGGGAAGAGAUUGGGGGAUUCUAUCUGGUUUCUAGGGUUUGUUUUGUUGGAUUCGAGACGGGAAAGAUAGGUGUGGGUUAAAAAGAUAAUGUGUAUACUUUGUGUUAUACAGAAGUGGUCUCGCCGGGUUGCUACGAUGCUUCCUUGGUUAGUUAUUCCACUAAUAAGUUUGUGGGCUCUGUCCCAGCUGCUGCCACCGGCUUUUCGCUUUGAAAUUACCUCACCGAGGCUGGCCUGUGUUUUUGUGCUUUUGGUUACUCUCUUUUGGUACGAGAUUUUGAUGCCUCAGCUGUCGGCUUGGCGGGUGAGAAGGAAUGCCCGGCUUAGGGAGAGGAAGAGGUUUGAAGCUAUAGAAAUGCAGAAGCUUCGGAAAACAGCCACGCGGCGGUGUCGGAACUGCCUGACUCCGUAUAGAGAUCAGAAUCCGGGUGGGGGUCGGUUUAUGUGUUCGUAUUGUGGGCACAUUUCGAAAAGACCGGUCUUGGACUUGCCUGUGCCCCCUGGGAUGUCAAAUUCGGGUAUUAUCAAAGAGUUGGUUGGAAAGAGUCAAAGAGUUGGUUGGAAAGAGGGCAAGCUAUUAAAUGGAAAAGUGUGGUCUGAUAAUGGGUGGAUGUGUGGUCAAGAUUGGUUGGAGAAUGGCAACUGGGUUGGUGGUUCUGUUGCAGGGAAGUCUAAUUAUUGGAGGAAGAACGGCAGCAGUCUUUUUGGAGGAGACGAAAAUUGUUUGGCGGAGAAGUCUUACUCAGGUGUUGUUAUUUUUGCCUGCAAGAUUUUGACGUCGUUUUUCUUGAGUGUUAGAUGGCUUUGGAGAAAGAUUUUUAGAGUUAGUUCAUCCGGGGAAGAUGCUUCCUCUGACACUGAGCAUAAGGGGUUGCAGGCAAAGAGGGGUGAAAAUGGGGGGAAUUUUCAUGAGAGCAGAGGAGAAAAGGCACGCAGAAAAGCUGAAGAGAAGAGACAAGCUAGAUUAGAGAAAGAACUUUUGGAGGAGGAAGAGAGGAAGCAGAGAGAGGAGGUUGCAAGAUUGGUGGAAGAACGUAGGAGAUUGAGGGAUGAGAAACUGGAGGCUGAAAAAGAUCGUGGUAAAACAUCAGCUCCUGUCAGGGAGAAAGAUGGUAAGAAAGAAGCAGAAAGAAAGCGUCAGGAGAGAAGAAGAGAGAAAGACAAGGGUUCUAGUAAGAGCAACUCUGAUGUAGAAGAGCUGGAAAAGAAACCAGGUAAGGAAAGUGAAAGAAAGAAAGACUUUGAUAAGAAGAGUGAGAACGACCGACGGGAACAACAGAAAUCAGUGACUGAUCUUGUAAAGGGCCAGACCACUGAAAUGGGGCAUGGAGUGAAAAAUGUUGCUGCAAAUAAUUUUUACCGGGGUAAUGCUGGAACUAGGUACCUGGAUCGUAUGAAGGGUACUAUUUUCUCUUCUUCUAAAGCAUUUAGCGGAGGCAGUUUCUUUGGAAGGGGAACUAGUGCUGCUGCUACUACGAUGAAGGAAGUCAAACCUAAUAAUCCUGUAGAGCAUGGCCAUAUUUCUGUCCACAAUAAAGAUGUUUGUCCACCUGAACGUGUAGCUCUACGAUCUUUUAUGAAUGGAGAUGAUAAGAACAUUAAUCGUCUGGUCCACUCUGAAGCACAACCAGGUACAGCACCUAGAAAAUCUUGGCAGCAAUUAUUUACUCGUUCAACACCUGUUCCUCCCUCCUCAAAUGCAAAUGUCAUAAGUAGACCAAACUUGAAGUUCCAAUUAGAAGCUCAAAGUCCACAGUUAUCUGGUCAACCAUCAACAACACAAUCGUUUGAUAAUCCAAUAAAUUUUGGGUCUCCUUUUGCUCUCUCUACCUAUCCAAAUGUAUCAAUUAGCAGUAGUCUAGGAUUUUCACCUGCAAUUGAACCUAUGUUCCCUCGUGUUGGGGAAGUGCCUCGUGAACACAUACCAGAGGAGCCAGAACUUUUUGAAGAUCCCUGUUACAUUCCUGAUCCAGUAUCUUUACUUGGGCCUGUUUCAGAAUCACUUGAUAAUUUUCAGCUGGACCUGGGCACCAAUCCUGCUAUAGAUUUUGGACUGGAAAGGCCUCGUACUUUAAAGAAUGUUUCUGCCACUUCUGAUGUCAAUAAGCCAUCUCCUAUUGAGUCUCCAAUGUCACGAGAAAAGCACAAUGUUUCUAGUCGGUUCCCAACAACACCAAAGGCCCAUGAUAUGCAUACUUUAUCUGUGGAUGAUGCAAAUGCUAGUGAAACGGGUAUGUGGCAGAUGUGGAACUCUUGUCCUCUUGGUCAGGAUGGUCUAGGUUUGGUAGGUGGCCCAGCCAGCUGGCUUCUACCCUCUGAACUGAACAGAUCGAGCAAGGAUGAAUUUGUGCACCCUUCAUCUCAGAAGACCAUGGCCUCACUGUUUACAAAAGAGGAACCAGUCCUAUCUGGAACUCAAUCCCCUCCAAACAUUUUUCUUCGUAAUGGCCAGAAUGGUGGGACAUUUAGCCCUGUUACUGGUUCACGUGAUCCUGACCCAUGGUUACAGAAAGCUUUUAUUCCACCUUUGUCAUCUGGUGAAAGUCACUUUGCUCUCAAACCUCAAGAGGAAACUACUCAGAGUGAAAUUAUUUUUGGAAGUCCCAGAAGAGCAACCAAUCAUCCAUAUGAGCAGUCUCCAGCCACUUGUUGGUCCAAAAAGGAAUGGGCUGUGCAGAGUACAGGGGAAGGUGUUGGAAAGUCGUCAGUGGCAAGACCCCAUGUUGGGAGUACUUUUCCUGCCCCAGAUGUACAGUCACUUUGGUCUUUUGAUUAAAAAGAAAAAAAGUAUGAGGGACUUGAGAAAAUACACCUGUUCUCUUGAGAGGCAAAUAGCCUCUUUCAGAAGAGAGUUUAGAAUACUGGACUGGACGCAUUGUAUCUUCCUUAUCUUCUUUGUAAGGGAGAUUGAUGUUUUACUUAACGUCAGCAUUGAAUAGGAAUACACACGUGGCGCUCUUGCUCUUGCACGUCAGUCAAUGCUUCUCUCUCUCUCUCCUAAUAUUAUGGUUCAAAUUUCAGAAUGGAGGCAUUCCCUCUCUUUUGCGGAA